AUGGUUGCCGGCGUUCGAAACUGCAGGUGGAACGUUGGUCUCGACAUCGGCGACGAAGCUUUUCCGGGCCCCCCUUGUUCUUUCUCCGUCACGAGUAUGGACGAAAGUGCCAUCGAUUUCCUUUUCAACGAAUUAAUCGGUACAAUCGGCGAAACGAAGGACGAUCCCCGGAUACGCGAAACCACCGAGCCGGAUGAUAAGUUGUUCGUUUGCAAAGUGUGCAAGAGGAGCUUUCGCCUCAAGAGCAACCUGACGAGGCACGAGAAGAUCCACGCGAAUGUGAAGCUCUACAGGUGCAAAACGUGUUCGCGAAGCUUCGCCCGGAAGGACUGCGUCACACGACACGAGCGCAGCCACGCGGGCGUCAAGUCCUACAGUUGCGAGCAAUGCCCGAAAAGCUUCACGUACAAGUCCAGUCUGACGAAGCACGAGCGGCUCCACGCGGCCACCAAUAAGCCCCUGUACGGUUGCAACCAGAGCACUAAGAGUUACCCGCAAAGGGCCCAGCUUGCGGUGCACGAGCGGAUCCACACCGGUGACAGGCCCUACGGGUGCAAGGUGUGCCCGAAAACCUUUACCUACAAGUCCAAUCUCGUGCAGCACGAGCGGAUCCACACCGGUGACAGGCCCUACGGGUGCAAGAUUACUGUCUUACCUGAUAACAAAUGGAAAAAAAUCACCAUCCUGAGGUUUCCUUCGGUGUUUAAAUAA